AUGCCUCCAACCGCCCAUCCACAUACACAGCCCCGUGCGCGGUCUUCACAACAGCAGCAACAGCAACAACAACAACAACAACAGCAGCAGACGACCGCACCGACGUCGAUCCCCGACACCCGUCUCGGUCUCUCAGCGCAGGAAGUCGCGACCCUCCGCCAACACCAACAGCUCGCCCAUGCCCAGACCCGCAGUCCCGCUGGUUCCCAAGCCAGCAGUCAAGGAAGACUACUACUCGACCCGGGGAGUCUGACACUGCUAUCACGACACUUUGACCGGGUCAUGGGAGCAAUCUCCCAAAGGCUAGAACAACUCAACAGAGCAACAGAAACGGCAACCCAAACCCACUACGACCGCGCCGGCAACGCCAUCGAAAUGGCCGAUGCGGAAAUCGCGCGCUUCAGAGUUAUUCUCCGUCAGAUCGACGAGCUGGAGACGGAAUUUGAUAAGAUUAAGCAUAUACGGGAGAUUGUGAGGGGGUUCCGGGCGAGGGUGGAGCAGAUGGAACGGCGACUUGGGUGA